UGUAAAAACCACACACACUUUUUUCGGGGCAAUGUCCUGACAAAUAGUCUGCAGUGUGUUGUCUCGUAUGACCGGUUUCUUUUUAAUGGUCAAAAAUGGAGGAGAGGAAGAAUUUGGACAGCAUGUUUGAUGGUACGUACAAACUGAUUCAAGACGACUUCAAUGUAGACGACCAGCCUCAAGAAGAACAACAAGAUGUUAAAAUUGUGUUGACAUCUGGAAGCAGUUUGAAAAAGGACAAACAUCUGGCAGUGAGCCUGAUGCUGCUCGCUGCACUUCUGCUUGCUGUCGAUAUUGGCCUGGGUGUCUUCUAUAACAAACUUACUCAAAGGCAGAGGUCAUUAAUGCACUACAACGCAGAGUUGACCAAACUACAGGAGACUUACGAUGAAGCGAUGCAAAGCAGAGACGAAGCCCUGAAGCAGUUGGCGGCAGAGCGCAGCCAGCAACAAGUCAUCAAGUGGGCGCUGGAACACCAGGAGAGAAGAAACAAAAACUACCAAAAGCAGACUGAUCAAAUACAAACGGAUAUCGCGUCACUGCAAUCUCACAUACCGCUAUUUUAUGACGGCUGCAGACACUGUUUACCAGGAUGGAUUUUCAUGAACUCAAUGUGUUACUACUUCUCCACCUCUGAAGCGGUUCCACGUAGAACGUGGCAAGCAGCUCGAGACUACUGCAAGAGGCAGGGAGGCGACCUGGCAGUCAUCGACAGCCCAGCCAAACAGGGUUUCAUUGUGAGUUAUCUGAGAAGUAAGCAAGGCCCCUUCAGACGCUUUGACGGCUUCUGGUUUGGACUGCGAGAUGUAUAUGAAGAAGGGCUUUGGAAAUGGAUAGAUGGAACGCCAGUGACUGAGGAGUACUGGAAUGACGGCGAGCCUAACAACGUUAAUAACGAGGAUUGCGCAACGGUUCUAAUGAAGGAAAACUUCUUCAAGGCUUGGAAUGAUCUUUCAUGCGAACAAAUGCGCCGGUGGAUUUGUGAAAUGAAUGCUAAAGGUCUAUGAAUGAUUACUUAGAAAAGAAUUUCCACACAAAUAUUGACUAAAGCUCCAACUGAGAGAUUUUUAGACAAAUCACCAGACUUCUUACCACAUCACUACUUUGACACUUACACAUAAAAACACAUUAUGACACACAUUUUUUUUUAACCUAUUCCACUUAGAUCUUAUGGGAGAAUCAGUUAACAGAAGCUCCUUUUGUUUGUUGUAAAAUUGCGUAAUGAUAGCCAUGUUUCUCAGCUGUGACAAAAGCCUCAGCAAGUACUCUGUAAAAUACAGUGAGCACAUGAAUAAAAAGAUAUCAUCCUCUAAUUACAUACUAUAUAAUUUGAGAAAAGUUUUUGUUGUUUUUUCCACUACUCCUUCGAGGUGCGCUCCAUUGUUGCUCUAAUUCCAUGUGCAAAUUUGAUUACACCAACAUCUAUCAAACUGAAGUGAGUUUGAGUUUGUUUUCCAAACAAAGAAAA